GUUGCCAUAAGGACUCAUCAUGUUUCCAUCUAUUUUUCCUUGGACGAGUGGGACUAUAUAAAAGGAAACAAGGACCUUUACAGGGAAGUGAUAAAGGAGGAGCCACAGCAGCUCCGCCCACUGGGAACCAUUAGAUGUGCAGCCAUGAGAAUAUCUGUAUUUUCCAGUGUCUUGCAAAUAUGAUGAAUGGGAGAUUCUACUUAAUUAGCUUAAUUUCUGAGUAGAAGCCUGUGAAUAUAAAAAUGGCAGCAAUGUUACAGCAUGUAUGGAAGCAACAUUAUGCUGUAAUAAUGUUGGAAAUAUCAUAAAUCCUGAAAUUUCUCCAGGGGAACAGCCCCCACCAGCCAAUGGGAUUAAAGAGGAAGCAACUUCAAGUGAAGGGGGAAACCAAUCAGAUUGCAGCAUUAAUCCACUUACAGAACAGAUCCAGAGAAUAGAUGCACCUACUCCUAUCAUGGGAUGCAGCCUGAAUAAAAGUGUGGCAGAUUAUAUAAAAGAGGAAGUGACUUCAAGUGAAGAAGGAAACCAAUCAAAUUGCAGCAUUUAUCCACUUACAGAACAGAUACAGGGAACAGAUACUCCAUUCAUGGGAUACAGCCUGAACAACAUUGGGGCAGAUAAUGAUAUAUUAAAUGGUAUUAAUGAGCAGUCAGCAGAACAGAUACAAGGAACAGAUACAACUACUCCUAUCAUAGGAUGCAGCCUCUUUAAAAUGAAGGCUAAUAAACAUGAUGGAAAUCCAUAUUGGUCAUCAAAAAAUAUAUUACGUAGAAAAUACAGUUGCAAUGAGGGCCAUAAAUAUCUGAUUCACAAGAGAGACUUUGAUAAACAUCAAAUGACCCACAAAAGACAGAAAUCUUUUUCUUGUUCUGAAUGUGGGAAAUGUUUUGCCUCUUCGUCAAACCUUACUGUCCAUUUGAGAAUUCACACAGGGGAGAAACCUUUUUCUUGCUCAAAGUGUGGGAAAGGCUUUACUAGACCAAAUGCACUUAUUAUCCAUCACAGAACCCACACAGGAGAGAAACCUUUUUCCUGUUCUGAAUGUGGGAAAUGUUUUUCAAAGAAAUCUAGCCUUGUUCAUCAUCAAAGGACUCACACAGGAGAGAAACCGUUUUCUUGUUCUGAGUGUGACAAAUGUUUUGCCUUUUCAUCAGAACUUACUGUCCAUCAGAGAACCCACACAGGAGAGAAACCAUUUUCCUGUUCUGAAUGUGGAAAAUGGUUUAAAUAUCAGUCUCACCUUGCUCGUCAUCAAAUGAUUCACACCGGAGAGAAGCCAUUUUGUUGUUCUGAGUGUGGGAAAUGUUUUUCCUCUUCAUCAGGACUUACUUCCCAUCAACAAAGAACCCACAUGAAGGUAAAACCUUUUUCCUGUUCUACAUGUGGGAAAUGUUUUUCAGAUCGAUCUCACCUUACUCGUCAUCAAAGGAUUCACACAGGAGAGAAACCUUUUUCUUGUUCUGUAUGUAAGAAAUGUUUUUUAGAUCAAUCUAGCCUUAGUCGUCAUCAAUUGAUUCACACAGGAGAGAAAGCAUUUUCUUGUUCUGAGUGUGGGAAAUGUUUUGCCUCUUCAUCAGACCUUGCUGUUCAUCGGAGAACCCACACAGGAGAGAAACUAUUUUCUUGUUCUGAAUGUGGGAAAUGUUAUUUAAUGCAAUCCAGCCUUGUUCGUCAUCAACGGACUCACAAAGGAGAGAAACCAUUUUCUUGUUCUGAGUGUGACAAAUGUUUUGUUAUUUUAUCAGAACUACUUAUCCAUCAAAGAACCCACACAGGAGAGAAACCAUUUUCCUGUUCUGAAUGUGCGAAAUGUUAUUCAAAGCAAUCUAGCCUUACUCGUCAUCAAAAGACACACACCGGAGAGAAACCUUUUUCUUGUUCUGAGUGUGACAAAUGUUUUGCCACUUCAUCAGACCUUACUUUCCAUCAGAGAACCCACACAGGAGAAAAAACAUUUUCCUGUUCUGAAUGUGGGAAAUGCUUUACAAAUCAGUCUCAACUUGCUCUGCAUCAAAUGAUCCACACAGGAGAGAAGCCAAUCAGUUGUCCUAAGUUUGAGGAAUGCUUUGUCUCUUCAUCAGGACUUACUGCCCAUCAACAACGAGCCCACAGGAUGGUAAAACCUUUUUCCUGUUCUGAGUGUGGGAAAUGUUUUUCACAUCGAUCUAACUUUGCUCGUCAUCAAAUGACUCACACAGGAGAGAAACCUUUUUCCUGUUCUGAGUGUGGGAAAUGUUUUUCAAAUCCAUCUCACCUUGCUCGUCAUCAAAUGAUUCACACAGGAGAGAAACCUUUUUCUUGUUCUGAGUGUAGGAAAUGUUUUUCAAAUCCAUCUAGCCUUGCCCGUCAUCAAAUGAUUCACACAGGAGAGAAACCUUUUUCUUGUUCUGUAUGCGGGAAAUGUUUUUUAGAUCAAUCUGGCCUGAAUCGUCAUCAAAAGAUUCACACAGGAGAGAAACCUUUUUCUUGUUCUGUAUGUAAGAAAUGUUUUUUAGAUCAAUCUACCGUUACUCGUCAUCAAAAGAUUCACACAAGAGAGAAACUUUUGUCUUGUUUUGAGUGUGAGAAAUGUUUUAAAAAUCCAUCUAGCCUUGCUCGUCAUCAAAUGAUUCACAAAGGAAAAAAACCUUUUUCUUGUUUUGAGUGUAGGAAAUGUUUUUCAAAUCCAUCAAGCCUGGCUCGUCAUCAAAUGAUUCACACAGGAAAAAAACCUUUAUCUUGUUUUGAGUGUAGGAAAUGUUUUUUAAAUCCAUCGAGCCUUGCCCGUCAUCAAAUGACUCACACAGGAGAAAAACCUUUUUCUUGUUCUGUGUGUGGGAAAUGUUUUUCAAAUCAAUCUCACCUUAAUCGGCAUCAAGUGAUUCACAACAGAAAAAAACCUUUUUUAUGUUCUGAAUGUGGGAAAUGUUUUGUCUCUUCAUCACAACUUACUGCCCAUUGUCAACAAACCCACAUGGAGAAGAAACCUUUUUGUUAACGUUGGAAUGUUUUUUAAAACUGAUCUUACCUUAAAGAUAAUUAUAGAACACACACUGGAGAGAAACCAUUUUCUCAUACUGAAUGUGGAAAGGCAUUUCCUUUCAAUAAUAGUAUUGUUUCCCCCAAUAGUAUUGAGUGCAAGUUCAGUAUUUUUCUAUGAUAAGUGACUCUUAAAACUAUUUUGUGAAAUUCAUUUUCCACAACAUGUGUUGGGUUGAUUUAUUGGUGCAGUUUAAAAUCAGUUUACAUUAAGGUAAUGUGAUGUUUGUUGCUGAGCAAUAAUGCUAUUUCAUUAAGACUGGGUGCCAACUUGUAGAUGAGCCUGCAGUGGGAUAGAUCUUGUUUGGAGGCCAUACAGUAUCUAAACAUUUAACUUGUUUCCCCAAUAUACGUCUAAACACCCCCUCCCAUGCACACACUUGCUUAUGAAUAUCCCAGUGCACACCUUUCCUAUAGUUCUAUUCAUUCUGGUGGGAGUUGAGAGACUUAUUUACAUAUUCCUAUUUACAUCACAACCAGUAGUGUCUUGGCUUGUGUUCCCUGUUUUCAUCAGGGUUCCAGUUGGUGACUGAGCUGCGCUUGCUGGUUUCUGCGUAGGAGGCAAACGCCUGUACAGGAACUGAUCUACAACCUUCUGAUGCUGAUGGACUGCUCUUAUAAACAUUAUCCAGAUACUUGUACCUAGGCAGAAUAUUAGUUGUUCUUUUCACAAGACUAUUUAAAUUAGUGUGGGAAACUAUGCCCACUGCCAUCAUCUAGUCCAGGAAAAGUAUUUCUAUUUCUAAGUUCUUUUCAAUAAGUCACAGGACCUACCAAAGUAGUACUAUUUUAUAAAACAGAAGGUUAAUGAAACACAAGUCUGCUGCAAUAUUGACAUGCCCUGGAAGAUGAAAAGAAGAAGAAAAGAAAAGGAGAUCCUGUACUAAUCUAAUCUUUACAUAAUUGUCUCAAGAGAUCUGCUGGUUGUGCCCUUUUGUUUUAAACCAAAUGUAUCAGAUUGUCUGGCACUAAUUGGACAAGAUAGAAGUAGAAAUGCAGCAAGGUGAACUGCCUUCAAUUUUCUGAGGCAUGAAGGAGCUGUCCUGAGUGGCUUUGGAUAUUUCCCUAGGACUGAAAGAUGACUUGGAUCUCCACCCCAGCCAUCUUGACUGGCACCUUUAAUCACUUACAACAAUGCUAUGAACUUGCAUAAGGCUCAGUAUUCUCAUGGAAUGAUGAAUGAGCUUCAGAGGGUUUGAUUCUUCAGGAGGAUAUUAUCUAGAUAGUGAUGUGCGGGCCAACCCUAUACUCGCUGGAAGGGCAGGUAUGGGCCGACCUCGCUGCACCAUUUGUGGGCCAUGGGCAGGUUCAGGUUGAGCUCUUCUGCCUGUUAUCCUCACCCGCGACCUUAGGCUGCUGGUUUCUGACUUCCAGUUUUAUAGCCUCAAGCAAGCCCCACCCUGUACUUUUUGUGACGUAAUUGGAGGGGGGAAGCCAGGUGUGGCUCAAGGUUUUCUCAACCUACACAUCACUACUAGAUGUAAUUAAAUUAGUUUAAAGGGAGAUUAUACACUGAAAAAUACUUUGGCUAAAUAUUAGCAUAGUAAAUAGUACUUGUGUUGAAAAUAGGGAUGCACCGAAUCCACUAUUUUGGAUUCGGCCGAACCUCCGAAUCCUUUGCGAAAGAUUCACCAAAUACCGAAUCCUAAUUUGCAUAUGCAAAUUAGGGGUGGGAAAGGGAAAACAUGUUUUACUUACUUGUUUUGUGACAAAAAAGUCAUUCGAUUUCCCUCCUCGUCCCUUAUUGGCAUAUGCAAAUUCUGAUUCGGUUCGGCUGAAAAUGGCCGAAUCCUGAACCGAAUCCUGGAUUCAGUGCAUCCCUAGUUGAAAAUGCUUGUUCAGAGCUCCCUAUCGACCUAUAAACAAACAAACCCCUCUCUUCUCUAAGCAGUAGCAUUUGAGCAGCUCAUUAUCAGGGGCUUUUCACUGGACACUUAAAUAGAUUUUGUAAUGAUUUUUACAGUGUAGUCUUUAUUGCUUCAAUUAAAAUGUUAUUCUUGAACCAAUAAAUGUAUUUUUAGUUGUAA